CAGAAACACAAAUAAAUAUCCCUAUAAUUAGAAAGAAAAUAUCCUAAUCUCAUAUUUAUGCAUAAUAACUAAUCUAUCACAUCAUUCUUUGCUCCGUUCCCAUGGAACGCCAUGGCAAAAAUAAGAAGUGGAAGGCAGUACCUCAGUUUGGAGCAUGGGAACAGAAAGGAAAUACAAGUCCAAACUAUUCUAUGGUGUUCGGGCAAGCACGAGCACACCGAAAACAGGUGAAGAACGAUGUUAGACAUCUGAGUCUUGGUGAUGAAACGGAGCUGAUUGUUCAACAUAAUCCUGGAUAUGAAUUUGAUCAUCACAAAGAUGCAGAUUCCGUCAUGAAGAAAAACAAGUUCCUGUCGUACUGUUGCAUGAUGCCAGACUAAUCUCAAUUCUGCUUCUAUUAUUAUUACAUCCGUUCAACUGAUAUUGAUAUAUUGCGUGGAAAAAUAUCUAAGUGAUACAAUAUUCCAGUUCCAG